GGGAGGGAGGGAGGGAGAGGCAAUCGGCGCCGCCAGGCUCUUCCACCUGCUCCGCGCGGCGCGGACCCUGCGCUGCUGAACCGGUGGCGGCGACCACGGCGCCGGAGUCGACGAAGGCGGGCAGCUACCUUGCAUCCCCUUACUCCUUGGGCGAAGCCGGCUCAGAUCUACGAGGCAAGGACGACCCCGGCCCGAACGGCAUCUUUGCGUUCCAGUUCCACGCACGCGCAUCGGACGCCGCACGCGUUCCAGUUCCACGAGGUCUCUCUUAUCCUGCAAAACAGUUCCUGGGCAAACCAAGGUUGAUGAAGAAGUAAUGUCCAUCAGGGCUACUGGAGGAGCAGUCAUUUACCACACAGAAACAUUACUGAGCAUUGAUUUGGGAAUCAUCUGACACUGUGGUGGUUGAGUGUUGUGCUUUCCUCAAGGAUGGAAGGCGAAUUAAUCUCGACCAUCAAGACCGUUGUCUCAACCACCACGGAAAUUAUCUCUGGAUUCAAUGAUUGGGUGGGAUUCUUUCAAUGGCUCUGUCCUGACAAUAAUCAAGAGUCCAAGCAGCAGCACGAGGAGCUUUGGAAGCUCCAAACAACUCUCCCACUUAUGCAAGUGAUGAUUGACAGAGCGGAAUGGUCAAUCCAUAAGGAAGGUGUUCCAAUACUGCUAGAAGAGCUAAAGGAUGUGACUUAUGACACAGAAGAUCUUAUUGAAGAGUUCAAAUACUUUAAGAUGAAAUCAGAGAUGGAUGGUCCACAAUCACUAAUGAAGCGAUCAUUAGAUUUUAUCAAGAGCGACAUCUCAUCUAGCUUUGACAAAGUGAAGCUUUUACAACAAAGAGCUGAACAUCUGAUUAGUCAAUUGAAUGCUACGGAUUUGCAGCAAGAAACUCCACACUUUGAUAGGUCAGUCAGACCUGAGACAAGCUCUUUUCCUGAUUCAAAGGUCUUUGGUCGCCAGAAAGAAACAGUGGCACUGAAAGUAUUGCUUGGUGUACCAGUAUCUAUUCCUAGUGGGUCAAAACGGAAGAAAGGUCACCCUGUAGCUGCUGAGGCCACUGCACAGAAGGAUUGUAUGGAUUAUCCAGUGAACAAUGCUGUGUCUGUGUUGCCAAUAGUGGGGAUCGGAGGUGUUGGCAAAACUACGUUGGCACAACAAAUAUGCCAGGAUCAACAUGUGAAAGCUUACUUUGGUCAAAUACUUUGGACAUGUGUUUCAGAUGACUUUGACACUAAGCAGUUAACCAAAGAGCUGGUGCAUUCCUGUGGAGAAGAAAUAGCGUCCGAUAAUCUAGACUACCUUCAAAAUAAGCUGGCUAAAGUUGUGAGAUUGAAGCGGUUCUUGAUAGUUUUGGAUGAUGUGUGGGAUGAUUCUGUGAAAGAUAAUGGGCAAGAAUGGCAAAAGUUUUGCGCACCUCUAACUACUGGAGUUCAGGGAAGUAUGAUUCUGGUGACCACUAGAUCCUCAAAGGUAGCUAAGCUUGUAUGCACAUUGAAUCCUUUUCAGCUGCAAGGCUUAGAAGAGGAUACCUUUUGGGAGUUCUUUAAAACAUGUGCUCUGGGCGGAAAGAGCUCCACUAUGGAUGUCAAGCUUGCAACUAUUGGUAGAAUGAUUGUGCCAAAGCUGAAAGGUUCUCCGUUAGCUGCAAAGACACUUGGGCGCCUUCUAAGAAUGAAGAUUGACACUGUUCAUUGGACCAAUAUUCUAAAUAGUGAGCUGUGGGAACUAAAGCAGGAAGUAGGUGACAUUCUUCCGGCCCUUAGAUUAAGUUAUUUGUAUUUACCACGACAUUUGAGGAGGUGCCUAUCAUUGUGUGCGAUGUUUCCUAAGGAUCAUAAGUUCGAGCAAACAGUUCUUGUUGACCUUUGGUCUGCUCAAUGCUUUGCGGAAACUCAAGAUAAGAUCUGUAUGCAUACAGCUGGAGACUGGUGUUUUGAAGAACUUGAAAGUCGCUGUUUCUUCCAAGAAGUCGUUCCAUCAUCAGCGUCACAAAUAUCACCAAAAAUUAAGAAGUAUGUGAUGCAUGAUUUAAUUCAUGACAUGAUACAACUAGUUUCUGGAAAUGAAUGUUUUGUUAUAAGAAAUGAAAUAGAUCUGUCGAAUGUACCUGAAAAAGUUCGGCAUGUAUCAUUGUUCACAAGCAAGGGUUUUGAUUAUCAAAAGCUCGUGGCAUUAACAAGGUGUAGGAAGCUGCGGUCUAUUCUGAGCAGGGAGCAACUCGGGAAAAAAAUAUUUUUCCCUCUAGUUAAUUCUUGGUCCAAAGAGCUAAAGUAUUUGCGUUUCCUGUCCUGUUGCUUCACCAAGUUAACUAUGUUAUCGGAGGCCAUUGCAAACUUCAAACUUCUUUGCUGCUUUAAGGUUCACUGUCCCAGGCGUUGGACCAUGGACACAUUUCCAGAAUCAUAUUGUUCUCUCUAUAACCUACAGAAGUUUGAGGCUAAGAAUUGCACUUUUAAGAGCUUGCCAAAGGAGUUCAGGAAGCUUGUUAACUUGCAGUCAUUCGAAGUAAGAACUUUUGUUCAUGGCAGGAACUACACUAACUUUUGGGGAAUAUCUGUGGAAGUGUUGAAAAACAUGCAUCUCCAAGGAGAGAUGUAUCUGAACUUGUCACGUGUGAAACUGGCUGGUUGUGCGGAGCUUGAGUUGAGGAAGAGGAAGCAUGUUGAGAUGCUAACUUUAAAUUUUUAUCAUACCCAAAACACCCAAGAUCAGGAGCUGGAAAUGCUUGAGCUUCUUUGUCCACACUCAGGUAUUAAAUUUCUGGAAAUCAGUGGUUUCAGAGGCGAUUCUACUCCAACAUGGCUUCAGCCAUCAUAUUUGCAGAAUUUAGUACAACUUCGGUUGAUACGUGUUCAUUUUCUCUCAAUGGCUUGGGUUGAUAACAAUGCAUUCUUAUUCAUCAAUGAUCUGUACAUUUCUCGCUGUCCUAGAUUAUCAUCUCUUGAAAAUAUUUUGAAGUCAGCUAGUCUUCCAACGGUCAGAUCUAUUUUCAUUGAAGAGUGUUUAGGAUUGUCAUCUAUGCGAGGUGAAAGAUUUGGCGAGUUGAGUUGUUUAAAAGAAUUGAAGCUAAGCAAGUGUCCAAAUAUCUUGUGGAAUGGAUUAGUUCUUCCAUCGUCUCUUCUAAAGCUGCAUCUCGAAGACUGUGGAGAUAUUUCGAAUUACAUUCCCAACUGCUUGGUUAACCUUGAGAAUUUGAUACGCAUGUCCCUGGUAAAGCUGAUCACCAUCAGAUCCAUUCCAGCGGAAAUCUGGUAUGAUAACUUGUCAGAGUUACAGACACUUGAGAUCUCUGGCUGCCCUGACCUGAUAUCAAUAGGUGGACCAGAAGCAAUUGAGCAUAUUGAAAAUGCCUUUGUCGAAUCUUGUGCAAAGUUGACGGGAUUGACGCAACCUCUUGAAAGAGGUCGACGUCCUCCUAAGUCAGCUUGACAGGCCCCUGCCUGGAACGGUGAGACUCACUCAACUAUCUGAAGGCCAUCCUAGCUGGAUCCUCUACAACCUGAGUUGUUGGACCCUUAUCCAUGUUGGGGAGAUGUUCAAUUCCUUGCCUGAAGUUCUUCGCUGUUGUUUGAUGUGGAGAUCGCUUGCUACCGACACAGAAGCUCUUGUCAUGAAAACGUGUUUCCUCGCCUGCAUGCAUGCACUCAUUGGAGGUUUUUUGCCUAGUUAUCUGCUUGUUAUGUUAGUCCAACACGCUGUUGUGGCUGUGGUGCCAUGUGAAGUGUUUCCCCCUGGCACUUUGCCAGUUGGGUGCCAUAUUUCGGUUAAGGCUUGUCAAAUUAACUCCGUGAUGUGACCAUGAUUGAAACAUACUCUUUUUUGAGUCACUUUCUUAUUAUUAUGGUGGUCGUUGUGGUUUGCUGCCCAGUUUAUGUGGACUGGUGACUGAAACGGCACAAAUUUCAGAUUCGAA